AAUAUACCACUAGGACAAAUUCAUAGUUUCUGCCUUUUUUGUGCUCUGUUACUGUAACGGCCACAGGGAAAGAGGUUUUCAAGGAGAAGAAAUGAAUGGGACAGCCAUUGAAAAUUUUGUCUGUGUCAUUUUUAAUGUGUCCUUCAUGAACUGCACGUGGCAUGUGGGCAGGACUGCUACAAGAGAUACCCAGUAUUUUCUGUACUGGAGGCCCUCAGAGAAAGAAGAUGUCACAGGGUGCCAGAAUUACAUCAAAGAUAAUUGGGGAAGGAACACAGGAUGUCGAUUCCAAAAUGUGACAAUAGCAUAUAAGUAUGCUUAUUUCCUGGUAAAUGGAUCUAGAAGUGGACAAAACAUUCAGUCAUAUGAGAAGAAGAUUAUGCUAUACAAAAUUGAAAAACUCACCCCUCCAUUAAAUGUCACUGUGAACUGUAGAGAAGCUUCUCAUACAUGUAAUAUUCAGUGGCAACCACCUCACACAAGUCAUGUGAAAAGAAGCAGUUGUUUCAAAUAUGAAAUUGUCAUAGAAAACAAGGCUGAUCCUGAGAAAAACUUCAACACCACAUCUAAAACACACUCCUACCUCUACGAGAACUUCCGCGCAGAAAAAAGGUACAGCGUCAAAAUCAGAGCAACUGACACAGGCAUUUGUUUAGUGAGCCCAAGUUGGGGAGAGUGGAGUACACCUGUGGAGUUUGGCAUGAAUGGGUCAGCCAUUGAAAAUUUCUCCUGUGUGAUUUAUAACAUUUGCCUCAUGAACUGCACUUGGCAGGCAGGAAGGGGUGCUCCAGCAGAUACACAGUAUUUUCUCUACUGGCAGAACUCAAGAGAUGAUGGACAGAUGGAAUGUGAGCUUUACAUUAAAGACGAAAACGGCAGAAACAUGGGAUGUAGAUUCCAAAAUGUGAGGAUAGAGAUUGAAAAAGCUUACUUCCUGGUUAAUGGGUCUAGCAAAAACUCCCUGAUCCAGUUCUAUGAUGAGUACAUUGAACUGUAUAAAAUUGAAAAGCUCAUGCCUCCAUCAAAUAUCACUGUCAACUGUGAUGGAAAUAAAAAUGAUUGCAUAAUUCAAUGGCAACGACCCCAAAUAAGUCACUCUAACAAAGACAAGUGUUUUGAAUAUGAAAUCAACAUAAAGUAUAAGGAUAAUCCUGAAGGAAAGCCCAAAUAUGCUUUUAAACAAGAAGGGGGAAAUAGUCACACAUUUCCAAGGUCCAACACAAGAAAGAAAUAUCUCUUGAAAAUGAGAACAGCUGGCAGUGCCUGCCUUGUGAACCCAGCCUGGGGGGAAUGGAGUGCACCUCUUGAGUUUGGAAAUGAGGAAAUUAUUUCUUCUUCAGUGUGGAUUUUACUCGUUGUAGCAUUUGUAACACCAUUAAUGGCAAUCAUUGCAAUUUUGUUCUUAAAAAGGACUGGCUGUUGGAAAGCAGCAUUUCCACAAAUCCCAGGGCCAAAACCUGCUUUUUUUGGACUGCCUGAUACAAAUCCAGAACUGAUGGAGAGCAAAAUUCAGUCAACAACAUCUCCAAAUGAAGAGAUAAUAGUAGUUGCUGACAUAGCAAGAUAACCAAGAAAAAUAAGAGUCUAAAAUUGCAUUUCUUAGACAACUGUAUAUUCCUAUAGAAAGUCUGGAAUAAUAUAUACAGGCUUUCUUCGCUUUCUUUUCUUUUUCUUGUGAAAAACAGUGAGGCAGCCAUGAGAGAAUGAUACUUCACAUGCAACCUUUUUAAAUGCCAUUGUAUUUGCUUUUAAUUUUGGCUAACUUUAAUUGUUUAAGUAAGUUGUCCUUAUUGGAUACCUUCCAUUUUGU